GCAGCAGCAGCAACAAGUUCCCUGCAUCACAAAGUUUCCUGCAACACAAAGGUUCCUCAACAGAAAGUUUAAUGGCUAAAUACAAGCCCAAGCCCUGGCUGGUGUGCUGCCUCAUCUUGGUCGGUUUGCUUUGCGCGGUCGCUCUCGUGUGCCUGUGCGUCGUGUCACUGUUGGAGAAAAAGUAUCCCGAAGGCACCUUUACGCACGCGGCUGUUUCUGCAGACUCGCGACCCUGCUCCGAGAUUGGCAGGGACAUCCUCAAGAAGGGGGGGUCAGCAGUAGAUGGCGCCAUUGCAGCUCUUCUGUGCACAUCUGUGGUCAACCCUCAUAGCAUGGGAAUUGGAGGAGGAUCUAUUGUCACCAUUAGAAAUAAAAAUGGAAAUGUCACAGUGUACAACUUCAGAGAGACCGUCCCACAAACUUUCAAAAGAAACCUGUUAAAAGACUGUCCCAAGAAAAAAAUGGGAUUGAUCACAGGCCCUCAGUGGAUCGGCGUCCCUGGAGAGUUGCGGGGCUACGAGGCAAUGCACAAACAUUAUGGGAAGCUGCCGUGGGCCAAGCUGUUUGAGCCAACAAUCAGACUGGCCAAGGAGGGCAUCCCUAUGCCACAGUUUCUGGGAAAAAUCUUGAAAUAUCCCCUAUUGAAAUCACAUGUGGAAAGCACAUCUAUCUGUGAAGUUUUCUGUGACAAGAACAAUACGGUUCUGAGACUUGGAGACACCCUGAAGUUUCCUAAACUUGCAGAAACCAUGGAAACAAUUGCAGAGCAAGGGGCAGAGGCCUUCUACACUGGCAAGAUAGGACAUGCCUUAAUACAAGACAUAAAAGCUGCAGGCGGGACUUUGACAAUGGCAGAUCUGAAAUCCUUCAAGGUGCGGGAAAGCGCUGCAUGGACAGUUCCUUUGGGACAUAUUCAGAUGCACAUCCCUCCACCACCUGCAGGGGGCGCCCUGCUUGCCUUCAUUCUUGAAUUGAUGACAGAGUUCCCCUUGUCUCCAAACACCCUGGACAGUGACCACGAGAAGAUACUGAUGUACCAUCGUUAUAUAGAGGCAAAUAAAUUUGCUAAUGGACAAAAGAGGAGCAUUCGUGAUCCUGCCUUUGAUAACGGAAAGAGUGCGGAUCAUUUGAUUGAUCCCUCCUUCAUUCAACGCAUUAAGGGCAUGAUUAUGUCAAACCGCACACAUGACAACGCCUACUACUUCAACACCAAGCCUUCCCGGGAUCACGUUGGGACGACACACGUGUCCGUCCUGGAUGAAGAUGGACUGGCUGUCUCCGCCACCAGCACCAUAAACCACCUAUUCGGCGGAGGCAUUUACUCCCGACAAACAGGAAUCAUCCUCAACAAUGAGCUGUCUGACUUCUGUGACAGAGCAGACACAGUGAGGCCAGGUGAACAGCCUCCUUCCUCAAUGACUCCUGUAAUACUGGAGAAUACAAAGUCUGGAGGACUCCUUGUGAUUGGUGGAUCUGGAGGAAGCAUGAUUACCUCAGCAGUGGCCUUGUCUAUAAUAAACCGUGUGUGGCUGGGGAUGAAACUGAAAGACGCCAUUGAUGCACGCAUAGUGUUUGUUGAUUCCAAUAACAAUGUGAAUUUUGAACCCAAAUUUGACAAGACUGUUAAAGAUGGCCUCGUAGCUCGUGGACACGUACCUGGCAACAUGCCGUACUACUUUAAUGUAGUCAAUGCCGUGGAAAAGGAAAAUGGAUUUAUUGUGGCCGUAUCGGACGGCAGGAAGAUCGGGAUGUCUGCUGGAUACUGACCAUACAGAAGCACUGUCUUUCCACUAAAAUCUGCCCUAAAGACUGACUGAACCUUUAGCCUUAAGAACAAUGCUGAAAACAAAAUGUGAAGAUUUUGGUCGCUCUUGCAACAAAAUCAAUCAUGGAACUUCUAAAUUGUAUUAUGCCUUAGGUCUUCUUUUUCUGUGUUCCUAUUAGUUAAACAACUUCGUUCUCAUCAAAGUAAAAGCAAAGCUCUUUAAAUAGGCAGUGUGGCGUAAAAGAAGUCAGAUGGGGCAAGAAACCCAAGUAAUCACAGGAUCAGUUCACCUAAACUACUAAGCUAGAGUGCAGGAUUUUUACUUAAAAAAUGAACUUUUGUUACAUUCGAGCCUUGCUAAAGUUCAUAAAAUGCUAAUUAAGCCUAUCGCCGCCAGGGAAAGCUCUCUUUUCUUCCUAGUACACUGGAGUUGUGUUGUCUGUCGUGACUUUCUCAAGCUUAAGAGGGCAGAAAGGUGGGAGAGACUUUAGUAAGCAGCCAAGAGUUUGGUGGAAAAAUCCUAAGAAGCAUCAGAAAAGUUCAGAGAAAGGAUUGAAGUCAAAAAUGGUAUCGAUCGACAGCGAGGAAACAAGUUGAACUGUUUUGAGUUCUUCACUCAAACAGCUAAUGAGCGUGAAACUUCUUGACUAUUGAACAAUAGUUUGAUGAAGUAAACUCAAUGUCUACUUACUUGUUUUUUAGCUUUCAGCUGCAUCUCAUGAAAUUGUCAUGACUGUUGGAAUCUAUGGAAGAACUACCAAGUGAGCCAUUAACAAAAUAUGGUUAAUACAUUUACAUUUACCCCCAUUGAUUGCCAAAUACAUUUCAGUAACCAUCAGGACUAAAAACUGUUAUAUUGUCUGACUACUCAGGCUUUUUACCCCAUCGGCUUUCUUUUUAGCUAUGUCGUCAUGUUCCCAGAGCUCAGUAACUAACUUUGUGAGUGUGACCAACAGAAAUGGUGGACAAAACUAUGAAAAUAAGACCCAAGACCCGAUAUAUACUGUACACCACAUAUGAUGUAAACUAACGCACAAUAAGAACACCAUGAGGCUACUCUUAUCACAGCUAAGAUCUGCUUUUAUGUGCUGCAGCAAGAGAGCCAUACUGUAAAGGCAAAUCUUUCAGGUCCAACAAAACAAAACCAACCGCUAUGACGUACUUAGUCUUGUAAUAUCAAUGAAUGUUUUACUUUUCUCAGACUGAACUUUGCAACCCUGUCUAAGAACUGUUUAUUGUAGAUGAGCCAUGUAACCCUUUCAAAGUGACAUCCUGGCUGACAUGUGAGUUAAAAACUGGCAGCUGCCCAAAUGGGGACCUUUUUACUGUGACUUUAAAGAUUUUGCUGUAUGUGAAACAACUCCAUUCAUGUCCCUGAGCAUACUGUGAUCUUUGUUGAAAGAUUAAGCAAAUGCUGUAGAAUUUCAUUCAAAAAAAGUAACAAGUUGAUUUACAAUGAGCAAAAUUAUUCAAAAGUGUAUUUUUUGAAACAACCAACAUUUUUAAUUAACUUUGUAUUUUCUCUGUUUUUUUAAUGUCUAAAUAUUUUGUAAAUGAAUUAUGCAUUUGUAACUGUGUUGUCACAAUAAAACUAAACAAAAACAA